AUGCCCUCGCUCUUCAACACCACCCGCCUCCAGGGCAAGACCGCCGUCGUCACUGGUGCCUCUGGCGGUAUCGGCGCCGCCACUGCUAUCCUGUUCGCCAAGGCGGGUGCCAACCUGGUCCUGCUCGCUCGCCGCCUCGAGGCCCUCGAGGAGGUCAAGGCGCAGUGUCUCGCCGCGGCCAAGGAGUUUGGCGUCGAGAUCAGCGUCCUUGUCAAGACUCUGGACGUCACCGACCGCGCGGCUGUCGACGCUCUUGUCCCGGCUCUCAAGGCCGAGGGCGUCAAGAGCUUUGACGUGCUUGUGAACAAUGCCGGCGGUGCCGUGGGUACCGAGCAGGCCGGCGACAUCAAGCUCGAGGACAUUGACUACAUGGUCGACACCAACCUUGUCUCGCUUAUCCAGGUCACCCAGGUGUUCCUCCCCGAGAUGAAGGCCCAGGACAGCGGCCACAUUAUCAACAUUGGCUCCCUUGCCGGCCGCGAGUCGUACGUCGGCGGUACCAUCUACUGUGCCGUCAAGCACGCCGUCAAGGCCUUCACCCGCUCGCUCAUGAAGGAGGUCGUGGCCACUGGCAUCCGCUGCACAGAGGUUGCCCCCGGCUUUGUCGAGACCAACUUUGCGCGCACCCGCUUCCGCGGCGACGAGGAGAAGGCUGCGGCUGUGUACAAGGGCUUUGACCCUCUUGUUGCUGAGGACAUUGCCGAGGAGAUUGUGUGGUGCGCUCUGCGUCCCCCUCACGUCCAGAUCGCCGAGCUUUACGUCCUCCCCACCGCCCAGGCGUCGGCCACCAUCAUUGCGCGCAAGCUCUAG